AUGGCAGCAGAGAUAGGAAGCCAAGAAUUCGAGUGGCUACACCAACUACGCAGUGACGAGAAGGCCGCAUUUUGGAGCAUUGACGGGAUCGCCAAGACCCUGGAAGACACCGAAAGAUUCACCAAAUACGCCCUGCCAGUCACGGUCAGCGAAGGCGAAACCAAGUCUUACCGAGUAUCCUAUGCCGUACACGAGUUGCUCUUGUCUCCCGGACAUGAGGGCGCAGACAAAGACUCAAUUCCAACUCGCUUCAUUGGCCAUAUCGGUGUAAAAUCUCUCGGCGAUCGGAGCCUCACUUUGAGAUCUGACAUUCUGCCUCCUUCCUCAUUCGAACCGGAAUGUCUCACCGUCGAACUUGGUUAUAGCUAUCUACCCUCUGCUUGGGGUAAGGGUCACGCAACAAGUGCUGUAAAAGCACUCAUCGAUGCUUGCAAAAAAGAAAGGUCUUUCUGGGAGCCAUACGACAAAGUAUUUCUACGAGCUAUUGUCAACUCUGAGAACCCGGCGAGUCGGCGUGUGAUGGACAAGAGUGGUCUGAAGGAGCUGGGUGUGCACGUCUGGGAGGGUGAAAAGAUAUUCGUAGCAGGAAGAUGGAGGACAAGGGAUGAGUUGUAUGUUUAUGGAACGUUUCUCGUUGAGUGA